AUGACCCCCAAGGAGCAGUCCAAGUUUGACAAGAAGGUCAAAGGCAACGAAUUGACGCUGGUUCUCGAAAAGUCGUAUGACUAUCAAACCAACACCCUUAACCACCGCAAUCCCUUCCUCGCCGAGUUUAAGGAGUUCGAGGCAAAGGAGGGCAAGGGAAAGUCGGCUGCCGAUUUGGUAGACCAGAGGGUAGGCUAUUGGCUGUUCAUGUACGUCGUGGUUCACCAGGUUCGCAAGUUGUGGUAUGAAGUAUCGGGCGGCGCCGGAUACGUUGAGCUAUCGGCGGACGCCGUCUUGUUCAGCGUAGAGGCCAUACAUCACCGGAGUCAUUGCUGGCUCUCUGCCAAGCUAUGGGAGGCUGGAGCCCGUGAUGGACAUCUCUCUCUUGUUUCGUCCGCACUAGCGGAUGAAGGCUUCAACUCUUCACCGGCGGCGGUUGCCGCUCUAGCGAUGGGGCCAAGGGCUGGAACUCCUUCGACUUUAAGCAUCGAUACGUCACCCUCACCAGGCAUGGCCGGUUCUCCUGUUAUCCGCCCUCGAAACCAAUCGCCUGGCCCGCGACAGCUCCCCGUACGAAAUGUAAACCCCAGCCAUCGGUCCAGCAUCGCGUUUGGUAUCGAGCCCGUCUUUGACCUUCCAGAUGGCCUGUUUCUCCCUGGGGACCGCAGCUCGCGGAUAGUGAGCCACGACAGAGGCAGCUCUGCAAACCUAGCCGGGCCUAGUGGUUUCCACAGCCACCGGAGCUCGUCGGUCGGCAACUUGUCGGCCUUGUCUAGUGUCCACAACUCGGUCACCGGCCCCGAAUCUCCCCUUGGACAGGGAGGAGCCACAUUCGAUGACAUCCUUGGGAAGGAUGACGAUAAAAAGAAGAAGCGGAAGACAUUUUUCUUUGCUUAG